AUGUCAGGCUUCAAAGCUCCACAUCCACAGGCUGAGGGGGACCCGAACUGGGUCAACGAGCUGAACUCAUACUUUAAUAGGUUUGACCAAGCACCCACUCACACCUCCCAGCAGCUGCCUCCAAACCUUUUGUCACCUCAUACCACAGGAUUACCAGCCCCCACAGCCCUUCACACCUUUACACAAAGCCCUCUACCCUCAGCCCUGACGACUGGCGACUCAUACCAACAACACCCCCUCACUUCACACCACACUGAGACACUCCCUCAACCCCUAUCCUUCUCCAGCACCCAGGUGAGAAGUGAGCUCAGGAAGAUCAAGGCCAGGAAAGCAGCUGGACCAGACGGCAUCAGCUCCAGACUCCUCAAGUCCUGCGCAGGCGAAUUGUGUGGAGUUAUGGAGCAUGUCCUCAACCUGAGCCUCAAGCUGAGGGUGGUACCACAGCUCUGGAAGACCUCCUGCGUGGUACCAGUGCCCAAGACACCGCACGCCAAAGACCCCAGCAGCUUCAGACCAGUGGCUCUGACAUCACCCCUGAUGAAGACACCGGAGAGACUGGUCCUGGGUCACCUCCGCUCUGCGGUGGGAACCUACCUGGACCCGCUGCAGUUCGCCUACCGACACGGCAUAGGAGCAGACGACGCCGUCAUCUUCCUCCUACAUCGAGCUCUUUCUCACCUAGAGAAGCCCGGCAGCACUGUGAGGAUCAUGUUCUUUGACUUCUCCAGUGCCUUCAACACCAUCCAGCCGGUGCCUUGCAUUCUGCAAGGAGGAGGAGAUCCCCACUGCUCCCAGCUGCUUCUCAGCCAAUAUGAGAUCCAGUUUGGGCAGUACCGGGGACAGACCUUCAAGUGGCUCCUGAGUCACGACGUGGGCUACGCUGUGGCCCUGCUGGCCUCACACCAGAAGGAGCGGGAGAGUGGUGACACAUCCAGCUCACCACUUAUGGCCAACAAGGAUGCCCUCACCACCUACAGCAAGCUGUUCCCAGAGGUGAUGUCAGCCGUGGAGGGACGCCGUGUCACGGAGGGUUCCACGUCUGUCCGGAGCCAAGACAAGAAGUUGGUGAGGUUCGGCCCCCACGGAGCCAUGACCUACGCCUCCAUGAACGAGGCCACGGGGAAAUAGGGUGUGACGUAAGCCUGUGCACAGACAACAAACACCAUGUGCUGAUGAAAUAGUGACAUUGAGUCUUUCUGGAACAACCGCGCACACAGUUGUUAGUGAUGUUGUUGUUACUGUAGCUACGUGCAGUGGCUGAGGAAGAAGAAGUGCAUCCCAGGCAGCAACCUGCAUGCUUUAAAGACCUACAUACUGGGCCGGGACCAGGAGAAGAACCAGCAUCCCUUCCAGCAGCCCCAGUGCCCACCAUCUGACAGUAGGUGUUCUGCUCCCAGUUUGCUUUCCUGCUGCCUGCAUGCGUGUCUCUGAAAGCUUAUUUCUUUGUCUGUUUUUGUGUGAAACAGCUGCUGACGAGCCCUCAGAGGAGACUCAGCGUGAGUUCACUCACACACACAAACACACACGCACACACACAGUGGUUACAACCCUUUAACAAAUGUGAAUGAUCCUAUGGUGAAUGUGUUUGGACCUGAUAAUAGCUGUUCUUCUGUUAUUCAGAAGCCUCCAAUGGAUUAAUGGUGUAAAACUGUAUGUAAUCGAUCGUUAUAAGGUCACUAUGAGGUAAGGUUGAUGUUUGCUGGACCCUGUAGAGUCCACCGCUUCUGCUUCUAGCUGGUAGUCAGCUGUAGAUCAUAAAGCCUAACCACCCAAGCUUAGACACUCAUGCCUCGCUUUUGUGUCUUUGCAUGAGUUUGAUUACUUUUAUUUAUUUUUGCAGAGGUCCCAUCUUCAGCCUCCACUCCUGCAGCAGUCGAUGACCUGGACCUGCCUUCCAGUGGUGACAGCGGCGUCGCCGUGCAGCACAGGACCAGAGCUCCAGCCGCAGCUGAGGGCUGUCCUAAACCCUUAGGGCCAGUUACUGGCUCAGAGGUGAGUGCCCCCCCUCCCUCUGCAGGGCAGCUCUCCCACUGUGCUUCACAUUGUUCAGUUUGUGCUGACCUUUUGUCUGUUCCUGUGGUGAAGCUGCUGCCUCACAGCUGGAGGCAGACUCUGCCGGAGGAGCAGCAGGACUGGGUGGGCCGGGCUCUGUUCACCAGGAACGCCAGGGGCCAGCAUGUCCUCACCACCGACCCUUCGCCUCUGGUGGUAC